UCAACCUAGAACAUCUCAGAAGAGGAGCUCGCGUUUGAGUGAAUUUGUGAGCGGGUGGAUAGGCUGAAACUGACUCGCAUCCGUGCAAGAUUCGUUAAAUUAAUCAUUUAUUAUUAGCCUACUUAUUUAUUUGUUUAACUUUUCGUGAAAAUAUUGUGAAGAUGAGUGGAAGCACGCGGAGUUUGUGUACAGUCAAUGACAUCAGAACAGAAGACAGAAUGGAGAACUGCAGAAGACUCCGGCUCACUCUACAGGACCAGCACCAGGAGCAGAGCCACAGCAAGCCAAUCGGACGAGCUUUUGCUGUGGUGCAGCCGCCCUCUGAGAGGGAGCCUUUAAAGAGUGAGCCAAUCAAACCCACUGACGAGAAGGUUGAAGUCAUAAAGGUAUAUCUGAAAGCUCGUGAACAGCAGCAGAACCAUCACCAGCAGAGCCUGAAGAUGCUAUCAGAGGAAGUGUCACAAAUUCAAGAGGUGAGAUAUUGUCUGAAGAACUUGAGGGAACAGAUGGCUGCCAAAAACAACACCUACAAAACAGAGAGCAGGAUCCGCUUAUCCACCACUGGCUCCAGAGACAACGUCAGCUCAUCAUCAUCAUCAUCAUCAGUGCCAUCUUCAUCAGCAGCAGAACAGAACCAUGACAACAAACAAGACGUGGGGGAUGAGCAGGAGAGGGCUCGGAUGAGGGAGGUCAGUAAGAGACUCUACGCCCAGCUGCAGGAGGCCGAGAAGAAACACCAGGAGGAGAGAGAACAGCUACAGAGGGAGGCGGGUCAGUUCAAGCAGCAGCUGUCGGAGCAGGGGGAGCGUCUGCGGGAGGCGGAGCAGACGGCCGAGCAGCAGGACCAGCGGGUGGAGCAGCUCCAGCGCCUGCUGUCCGGCAUGGAGCAGGAGAGCUCCGGCCUGAGGGAGGAGCUUAUGACGCGAGAGGCGGAGCUUAUGCAGCUGCGCGAGCAGAAGGAGGAGGGGCUUGAGGACAGGAAGAGGUCAGAGGAGCUUCAGCAGGAGAAUGCUGUUCUGAAGGAGAAGCUGCACCACCUAGACGACAUGCUCAAGUGCCAGCAGAGAAAGCUCAGGACCAUGAUUGAACAGGUGCAGAACUCAAAGAUGGUGAUCCAGGAGAGAGACCGUGUGAUCAGAGAGCUGGAGGAGAGAGUGGCCUACCUUGAAUCUGAGAACAGAGAGAUGCAUGACCAGAUGGAUUACUAUCUGGGAGGACAGAGGCGAAACUCCUACCUGUCAUCGGACCACAACCCCCAGAUCGUCUACAGUAAGCCUUUGAGGCCCUCCACACAAAGCAACAAGUCUCUGCCCUUCAUCAAGGUCAUUGAAAUCAAAUCGUGAGAGGGGCAAGAUGGUUUCGCUGUGGUAACACCACGGCCAUUUGCCACUGACCACUCAGCCCAGCCUUUUCGUAACCAAGGAAGGCCACAUCUGCAGCAGCACCACCAAUCGACGUGGCAACGUCACAGUUCAGCAAUUUCAUGCAUUUAACCAACUGACCAUCUCAACCGCAUUAUGCACCGAUUUUCACACUAUGUGUGUCUGUGUGUGCGUGUGUGUGCGUGUGUGUGCGUGUGUGUGUGUCUGUGUGUGUGUGUGUGUGUGUGUGUGUGUGUGUGUGUGUGUGUGUGUGUGUGUGUGUGUGUGUGUGUGUGUGUGUGUGUGUGUGUGUGUGUGUGUGUGUGUGUGUGUGUGUGUGUGUGCGUGCGUGCGUGCGUGCGUGCGUGCGUGCGUGCGUGCGUGUGUGUGUGCGUGCGUGUGUUUAAGUUCUAAGUGACUCCAUCUGUUUUCUGCCAUUUAUAGUUGGAUUUACUGUAGCUUAGCUUCAUACUCGGUCGGUGGUUAGCACCUGUGUGUGCUUCUCCAUGUACAUAUGAAUACUAUGCAACCCCAGCUUGCUCUGUUACAAGCUAAAUGUAGACACAUUCUAAAACUACACACACACACACACACACACACACACACACACACACA